GUAACAAGAGUAUAAGGCAUAAAAUAUAAAAUGAACAUUUAAUAAAACACUUCAGUAUCAUUUAGAUUUGCCGUACAAGAUGUACGCAUCAUAUAUAUCACUAGCCCUCGUGUUAAUUACAAUACUAAUCAAUAUUUUGGCUAGCAAUAGUGAAUCAAAAACACGUAGAAUCAUUACGCGGAAGAGCGAAGAAAGGCAUAAAUUUAUUUCUUUCGAUACAGAUGAUGAAACUAUUGAAAUGGCCGUCGAAUUUUCGGUACCAUUUCUCCAAAUACCUAAAUCCCUGGGAAAGUUUUCCUCAUCUCUCACAAGGGGUGAAAAUCCAGCUACUAUUAAUUUUGGAGCAAUUCUUCUUCUGAGUAUAAUUGCACUAAUUGGAACUGUUAUUGGAAGCUUGAAAGCACCAGAUCUCUCAACAAAUUCUUCUCAACUAACAUCUUUGUUUAAAACAGACAUAGAUGCGAAUAUGGAAUUACAGAAUUUUGCCUGGAAAUUAUUAAAAGACACAAUUAUGCAUAACGGAUGGAUGUUGAAUGAUUGUGUCCAAAAAUUUGUUUGUCUAACAACACUGGAGACAACUAAAAGACGGAGACGGGGAGAAAAUAAUCUACUGGACAACUUAAUUGAAGGCAUAUCGAGAAACGUGGAUUUAAGCAAUAUAAAGUUGGAUGCUAGUUUCACAAAAGCUAUUCCACGUGACCUCACAGGCGAUAAGUGUAAUAUCAAUGGCAAUUGUUCAGUUAAAAUUCAUCCACUACAGUACUAUCUUAUAUGAUUUCAAAAUAUAACUAGAACAGUGUGACAAAAUCUUGUAAUAUGAUAACAUCACAAGAGUAGCGUGCUUUCGAUUUAAAUACUUUUUAAGAAUACUUCAGCAAUAAAUCUUCACUUAAACUCUUAUCGACGUCUAGCGGGAGUAUUUUAAUUUUAGAUAACUUCUCACUAAGAUUUUCACGCGACUUCUUUAUCACAAAACUACACUUAAGUUGUGGUAUCUCCACAUCUACCAUAGUCGGCAGAUCAGUGAUGAAUCUCAAAUCCGGUCCCAGUAGGAUGGAAAUAUCAUCAAAGAUAUCAAAGAGAUUAGAGACUUGAGAUACUAGAUCCUCAAUUGCGCAAUUUUGAGAUGCAUUCCAAGCAAGUGUUCUAUCCUUCCUGUAAUGCGACGGAGCCGGUGCCAAUUUCAUGUUGCGCAAACUUCCAGAAAAGAUGGAAAAAAUUGAAAAAUGUCCUAAUGUUCAUUAUUGCCACUCAUAUUAUGUACAAUAUUCCGUAUAAGCUAAUUUAUCGAUAUUUCCAUUUAAUAUUUCUCAAACUGACGAAAUUCCAGGUAGGGUAAGUGUGCCAAAUUCCGGCCAGCUUGCAAUUUCGGCCAUCUUUUUUGUUCCUCGAAUUUCCAUGAACUUUUAGAUUUAACGUACUCUAGAGAUUAUACAAUGCAAAAGAAUAACAAAAAAUGUAUGUUCGACAAACGAGAUGACGUAAAAAAGAUAUUGGAAGAAUUCCCGAAGGGUAAGGAACUAUGAGAAUGAAGGUGGUCGAAAUAGGGCACCGAAGCUAUGUCUAUAUUUUAAUUCAUUUUAAAAUGCAUUAAGAAUGAUUUUAGAGUAAAUAAAGACGGUAAACUCUUUACAAGGUUCCAAUCAACACUCUUUCAGAAGAAAGAAUAAAAAAAAUCAAUUUGUAUUUAAAAUAUUACAUUUCAAACUUGAGAAUUCGACGCUUGCAUGCAACUAUGCCGAAAUUUGACACACUUACCCUAAAGCAUUUAAUAGUAGAAAAUUUUUGUAUUUCAAGUAAGUAUUUAAUUUUUGCGAUAAAUAUCUUAAAUAAACUACUCAGACUUGUGACGACCAGCCCAAUAUAAAUUAAAAAUUAAUUGUCUUUAAAUAAAAAUGUUCUAAGUUAAUUUAGAUAAUAUAAUGUGAAGUCAAUAGUAUUAACCCUCUAACGGGUAAGGCCGCCUCCAGGCGGUCUUCACAAAAAUCACAUUUACAGCGACAAUAAAGGUUUUAUUUAUUUAAAAACGCUAUAGUGUCCUCGGUAAUAGUCUUAUAAACAUCUCUUGAAAGUUUGAACUCAUUUUGACUCUUGGUUUUGUUACUAUUCCCAGUUUUGUGUGACAGGACAGAGAAAAGCAACAAAAAAUAUUUGUGCAAAAAAACUCAUUUCCAAUUUCCAUAAAAAUACCGAUUUAAAGUUAUCGGACUAAAUUAAAUUUAUUUUUUACUGAAAGAUAUGUCAUUCUACUUUGUAUAUUUUAUUUAAAAAAUUUGAAAAAACUAAAAAUGUGAAUUUUAGAAGCAAAGAGUUUCAAAAAAUUUUUAUAUUUUCUCACCUAGCGCCUAAACUAAAAAAAAAAUAAGAAUGGAUGGUUUUUUCGACUUUAUUGGAUCAUAAUUAUCCUAGCAAAUAUUGUUUUGGAACUUUUCUUUGCAUAUUUUAAAAAACACCGUUAGAGGGUUAAUUUAAGAAAAUGUUUAUGGUUAUAAAAAUAAGUACCAAAGUAAAAAAAAAAAAACAAAAAGCAUAUUUUAGUUUGGAAUAUUGAUACCUAUCUUAUUUACUAUAUAUAGCGUAUAUUAAAUGAGGAAGCAUAAAAAAUAAAGCGACUCACCGUUUUUUAAUAAAAA